GGUUCCCUAACUUCCCUUCACCCUCAUUCCCCUCAAUCCAAACAAGCCCUUAGGGUUUUGUUUCUGAUCCCUUCACCGAUUGUUAUGGCGGCGACGCAAGGGCAAUCGAUCGGUCCUGCGCUUCUCGACGACAUCAUCAGCAGGUUGCUGGAGGUUCGAUCGGCGAGGCCCGGGAAGCAAGUCCAGCUAUCGGAGGCCGAGAUCCGUCAGCUUUGCGUCGCAUCGAGGGAGAUCUUCCUCCAGCAGCCCAAUCUCGUUGAGCUCGUGGCACCGAUCAAGAUCUGCGGUGACAUCCAUGGCCAGUACAGUGAUCUCUUGAGGUUAUUUGAAUAUGGAGGUUUCCCUCCUGAUGCGAAUUAUUUAUUUUUAGGUGAUUAUGUGGACCGCGGAAAACAGAGCUUGGAAACAAUAUGUCUUCUUCUUGCUUAUAAGAUCAAGUACCCUGAGAACUUCUUUCUUCUGAGAGGAAAUCAUGAAUGUGCUUCUAUAAACAGGAUAUAUGGAUUUUAUGAUGAAUGUAAACGUCGGUUUAAUGUGAGACUAUGGAAGGUUUUCACUGAUUGCUUUAACUGUUUACCUGUGGCUGCUCUUAUAGAUGACAAAAUAUUAUGCAUGCAUGGUGGCCUUUCCCCAGAUCUGUCAAACCUGGACCAAAUUAGAAGCUUAACUCGUCCUACUGAUGUUCCUGACACAGGUUUACUCUGUGAUCUACUUUGGUCCGAUCCUGGAAGAGAAGUUCAAGGCUGGGGAAUGAAUGAUAGAGGUGUUUCCUACACUUUUGGUUCUGACAAGGUCUCUGAGUUCUUAUCAAAACAUGACCUGGAUCUUGUCUGCCGCGCGCAUCAGGUUGUGGAGGAUGGCUAUGAGUUCUUUGCUGACAGACAACUUGUCACUAUUUUCUCAGCGCCAAACUAUUGUGGUGAAUUUGAUAAUGCUGGUGCUAUGAUGAGUGUUGAUGAAACCUUGAUGUGCUCUUUUCAAAUUCUGAAGCCUGCAGAAAAGAAGCCAAAUUUUAUGAUGUCGACAAGAAUAUGAUCAUGACAAAACCCCGUCUACUUUACUCUGCCCAAGCUUGUUGCAGUGAUAUUUUGCUAGACGCAUGGAAAUGCAAGCUCGAAAUGAUUAUGGAGCUGCAGAUCUGCUCUCCUGUCGACAGGAAUGAAUUUUGUACCGUCGUCAUCGGGCACAGCCUAAAUUAUCUCUUCAGUAUGCUCUCAGUCGCUAAGCCUACCUCCUUCUGGAAGCAAUUCAUCAUGGCAAAUGCACAUCAUUUUCCCUUAUAUGUGUGUAGAACUAUGAUGCAGGUGUACAUACAAUGAUUCUGUCCAAGGUGGAUAAAUAACCCAGCUGUACUUAUAAAUGCUUCAUCACAUUCAAGGUGUUUUCCCCCCCAGUCUACUAGAUCAUCAUUUUACUUCU